ACAAGAGUUCGAGCUAGGGUUUUGAGUGAAGGAAUAAAAGGUUAAAACCUUUGAUGCCUUAUAUUGCUCCAUUUAGGGUUUCAGACGAAGGACGAAGGAAGAAGGAAGGCUAGAGGGUGAGAGGGGAGUAGCAGGGGAGCGACACAGCCAUGGCGAGGAUUAAGGUUCACGAGCUCAGAGGGAAGUCGAAGACAGAUCUAUUGAACCAGUUGAAAGAUCUGAAAGCAGAGCUUGCUCUUCUCCGAGUCGCGAAGGUCACUGGUGGUGCACCUAACAAACUAUCCAAGAUCAAGGUGGUUAGGCUGUCAAUCGCGCAGGUCUUGACAGUGAUCUCGCAGAAGCAAAAAGCGGCUUUGAGGGAAGCCUACAAGAAGAAGAAGUUCCUGCCACUUGAUCUUCGUCCGAAGAAAACCAGAGCUAUUAGAAGACGCCUCACCAAACAUCAGUUAUCCUUGAAAACAACUCGGGAAGAGAAGAAGGAGAGGUACUUCCCAAUGAGAAAGUAUGCCAUCAAGGUGUAGGGUAGGGUCAAUUUUAGAGAGGGAAGUUUGGUUACUUUGCUUUAAAAUGUCAUUUUGGGAUGCAACUUUGGAAGAAUAUCUCUUAAUUGGUUUUUUUUUUUUUUAUUUAUUGUUUUGCAUUUAAUUCUCAGAUUUUCCUUUAAAUCCUGAGGAUCAAGUCUUUUUCCAUGUCUGGUUGAGGUAAUAUUGAGAUAUCCUGUUUAUGAGGAAAAUUUUGUUAAAAUCCUACUUGAGAUGUGCUUUCUUGCCA